CCAUGGAGCGCAACAAGACGCGUUGGAGAGAAUCACCGAGCGGGCGCGGAAAGUGUCAGUUUCAGUCGUAUUUGUAAGUUACUUCCAGCGAGUGUGGACAGACUUUUGGAACAUCAGCAGGUGGAGAGUGAUUCUUCGUUUUCUUUUUUUUCCUCCAAGCGUGCGUAAACUGAUUGGAGUGGUCGGGGAAAGAAAAUAGCCUUGGAGUGUCCAGCGGCUACCAAAGAACGGGAGGGAGGCUAGUUAGUUCUAAAAACAAGCUCUGAAGUGAAGAAGAGUGCCUGCUGGAUAGAAAGGUGGAUUGGUGGAGAGCGUUUGGAGAAUGCGCGCUGCGUAAAAGCCCCCACAUCGCUUACAUGUUGUUAUAAGGAACAAUUACUUCUAUUUGAGGAAACUGUGAGCGGAGACCUCCAUAAAGAAAGGAGGAAGUGGUCUUAAAUUGAAAGUGAGUUACUACUGAACAGUUACCAGCCAUGGUGAAGUUCCAUAACUCAGAUCUAUGGAUAGCCUGGAUGAUCAUUUUCUGCAUGGAGGGUUCAAGGUUUGAUCUACACACAGGAAAAGUCUGUGUGCAGGCACUAGAUGUGACAAUGUCCCAGCGCAGUGUCCAGGUGGCUCGUGGCCAAGCAGCCAUCCUGCCCUGCUCCUUUACCACCAGCGCUGCCCUCACCAACCUCAACAUCAUCUGGAUGGUGACACCGCUGUCCAAUGCUUACCAGCCAGAGCAGGUGAUAAUUUACCAGGGCGGUCGGGUCUUCAGCCUCUCCAACCACCUCAACGGUCGUGUGGGCUUCGUUGCCACCAUGCCAAGCACAAGUGCCUCCAUCUUCAUCAACAACACCCAGGUGUCCGACACUGGGACCUACCAGUGCCUGGUCAACAACCUCCCAGACAGAGGGGGGCGCAGCAUUGGUGUCGUUGGACUCACAGUGUUGGUGCCCCCCUCGGUGCCAGCGUGUCGAAUCCAGGGAACGCUGGAUGUAGGCAGUGACAUCAUGCUGAUCUGCAAAUCAGAGGAAGGUAUUCCCACGCCGUCCUACUCCUGGGAGAAGCUGGACGCGCUGCCCAAGCUGCCGCACAACGCCAUGCAAGACCAGAUGCAGGGCACUGUCACACUGAGAAACAUCAGCACCACCACCUCAGGACUCUACCAGUGCACAUCCAGCAACGCUAUCGGAAAGAGCACAUGUCUGCUGAACCUGCAGGUUGUUGCACCCCAGCCUCAGAGUGUAGGUCUAAUAGCAGGAACCAUUGCCACAGGAGUCCUGGCAGUCAUCAUCUGUUCCCUGUUAGUGGUGGUCACACUCUUCUAUUGGAAGAACAAGAACAAAUAUGACGAGGAGGAGAUCCCCAAUGAGAUCAGAGAGGAUGACCUUCCUCCUAAGAGGUCAUCAUCAGUAAAGGCUUUCCAUGCCGACGCGUCCUCCUCAGAGAAUGACACGCUCACGUCUACCAACACGUACAACAGUCGUUACUGGCACAACCCCAAACCCAACUAUGACACCAACUCCUACACGCGCUACAACGGAGACGCUCGCCAGACCUACUCUGCCGCUGCUCACGGCACGCACGGACACGGCCCAGGCCAGAACGCAGCACAAGGCCACGGCGCAGCGGUGACAGCUCCAGGCUCAACCCCGCUCUCCCGCCACCCCCCGCCCACGACAGCAACGACGUCGUUUGCCAACGGCAGCCACACCCUCCCGCCGCCAAAGACUCUGGUGGUCACCACAAACUCUGCCCCCUCCCCUCCCAACAUGGUGCGCAGCAACGGCACCGUGAGCCUCAAACCGGUGGUGACGUCCGCACACGGGCAACACACACACUCCUACGCCGUGAGCCAGGCCACUCUGGAGCGGAUGGGGGCGGUGCCAGUCAUGGUGCCUGCCCAGAGCAGAGCGGGCUCACUUGUUUGAAAUUGAGUUUGAGGAACUGUUAGCUUUCAAAACGAGACUGAAUGAGCGUUCGGUUGCAAUGUUUGAAAUCCACCGAUGAGAAGCAGACUAAAUAUGGGCUGAAGCAGCCCGCUGCCCUUUACAGCUGUGUCUUUCUGUAUGUCUCGACCUUUUUAUCUCCAAACAAACUGGGAUUUUACAGUGCAGAGUUCAUUUGAUGCCAAUUCCUUGAUGGACCGGUGUUUUUUUUUUUCUUUUGUUUGUUUUUUCUAGAGAAGCACUACGUGGUAUCUGAUCAUCCCCUUAACUGGAUGGAUUUCAUUGGUGGGUUCAGUGGGAACUAUUUUUAAAACCAUGUGGAUGAUUUCCCAAAGCUGGCGUGAAACAUCCUACAGAACCUGGAUUCCCAGGUGUUUUUCAGGGCUGGAUCAUUGUGAUGAUUGAUUUUUUUUGUUUGUUUGUUUGUUUUUUUAAACCAACGUACAUCACAGUGUGUCCAUACUGCAUGGUCAGACAAAAGCAAGCUUGGAUUCUUAAAUAAAUGCAUGUGAUCCCUGAUUCAGAACAUAACAAGUUUGCUUUUUUUUUUUCCAUUUGUUUGUUCGUUUUUCAUUUCUGUUGUAAUUUUGGUUGAGGGAAAUGAUAGAGAUGAUAAGGAAUUUUACAUGAAAACGUGAAUGUUUAAAGUCUGUUGGCAGUACCCCAAAGAUGAAGGUGUGAAUGAAAUGAUGGGGUUUCAAAUGGCCUUAGAAGCUCGUAAAGGCGACUGGGUGUUACUGGGUGCAAUACAAGGCAUAACAUACAUUAAGUCACUGAAUGAAAACCUUUAAAUUAAGUUUUUGCACUUUUCAGAACAAUUUUAUAUAACCCUCUCUGAUUUUUGAAUAAUAGUCUUACUAACAAUAUGCUUUUCCCAUAACAUCUAAAGUUUAUCACACACACAGAACAGUGGUAAUAUUUGAAGAGGGCACCAGAGAAGAAAUUGGUGCCACUUUCCCAACAGAAAGCUACUGUCCACCAGAUGGAGAUGGAUCUUAGCGUUUGCUGUCCUUAUACUUGCUGUUGUCCUAGCCUGGUUCAUGACACAUCACUGCUGCUUUGACAUGAAAUAAGCUGACCGCUUAUUUCAUAAAUGAUUUUUUAAAAACACAGAGAUAAAUAUAUAUUUAAAGCUGAUUUUUUUUUCUCCGUCUAAAUAUUUUUUUUUAAUGUACAUAUUGCAAAAGUAGGCUAGAUUGUAAAUCAAAGAAAAUACACAUCUAACACAUAUUUUACAACUCACAUGUCUUAAUUUGAAAACAGGUUUUUUUCUGCUACAUUGGUAACAAGCUAGGUUUCAUAGACUGUGCUGGUUUCGGUGAAGGGUUUCGUUAGGAUGGCUAUGUGUUUCAUUACAGCUUAUGAUAUGUGUGUUGUAUAAGGUACUGUAUUUCUGAUCCACCAUCUUUGUAUUCCAACCAAAUUUCAACAAGUCCCACCUUUCCAAAUUUAGCCAUAUUCAUUUCAUUUUGUGCCUGAAGGCACCAUUUCUUAUCAAUCCUUCUAGCAACGAUGCAAUAUUGGACACAGCCGCUUUUCAAGGUAAAUGCAGUAUUGGAAAAUGUGUGUGUGUGUGUUUGAUGGAAAAGUUCAAAUGUGCUGUUUAGCAUUUUGAAGUCUUACUAGACAAAACUCUUAGCGAGCAAGUGUUCUGUAACAAAUGCAAUUGUGUCACUUGUGUCACAAAAAAUUGUUUUAUAUAGAUGACUUUACUCAUUUAAUCAGGGGUUGAUGUUUAUUUACUUUAACUCUUCGUACAAUUUGCCUACGUACUCUUUUUGGAAAUAACAGGAUUUCUGCACUGAUUACUAAAAAAUUUGACCUGAUUUUUUUCUUAUUCAUUAGAUACACACUAUCUGACUAAACCGAUGACAAGUAAAUAGAUGUGCUCUUCAAGUCUUUGAUAGAAGUAAGAAAAAAAGUUGUCUGUAGCUGGAAAAACCUCCAUCCAACCAUGACACUAUCUCCAACGUGCUUUCCAGCUGGGAUGAGGUUUUGUUGUUUUUGUGCAGUGCCUUUUUCCUUCCAAACAUACUUUGUCUGUUUUUGACAAAAGUUCAAAUUUUCUCAUCAGUCCAUGUACGGGCUCAGAAGUUUUUAAAAACUUUCAGUAGAUGUUUUGAAAAUUUAAAAUCAAGCAUUCUUCUUCUUUUUCUUCUUCUUCUUCUUCUUCUCCUUGUAUUUUUGAUUGGCUGUCAUGUUCUUCCAUCAAAAUCAUUAUAGUGAGAACUGAAGGUGUCUCACUGUUAACCUUUUUUUUUCUCCUACUCUUUCGUUUCACCUCUUUCCAAAACCAAAUUGUAUUUAUCCAUAGCUAUGACUUGGAAGUACGCUCGUACCACAUUUGAUGAGUAAUCAGUUCAGAAAUACUUGCACUUUUCAAAAGGUAACUUAAAGUCAAUAUUUGAACAUUUUUAAAUGAAAUACUGAUUUUCAGUACUCACUUUCAGACGAAUCCCACCAAAUAUUUUGAUAAUGGGAGCAAUAAAUAUCAAGUUAUACAGGCCUAAUAUGUUAUGAUGUUAAUGUCCUGACAGUUACGUGUGCUUCACCAUAACCCAGAAUUGCUUUUCUGACAUUAUAACGGCUAGUACUUUGGAUCUCCAUAUUCUUCAUUUAUUCAGUAUUCAGUUUACAUUAAUCAGUUACUCCAGUAUCAUAAACUGACUUGCUCAUGUAUGGUCUGACUACAUGGACCCAUUUCUUUCUUUGUUUUCCUUUGAUGCUGUCUACAGUGCUGGAGAGCUACGGCACUUGAACACACUGAUUUUAAAUAGAGAAAGGCUAAACGAGGGCAGAUGGUCAAAGAUCAGUGAUCGCAUCCCCUCCUUUUUGUCUGUCAGUGUUUUCAUAAUAAAGUCUUUGUGAAUAUUUCACUCACAAUCUCUUCCAGUGUCCCUGCCCUGAACACCUUCUGAAAGCAUUACUGAACUCUUGUUCUAAGACCUUUAGCUUUAUUCCUAAAGAGAAUGGAAAGUUCCAAAAGUAAAACUAAAUGGAGUUUAUUUUACUUUUGCUCUGCCCUCUGUUUUCAAGAGAUAAGGCGGAAAGAGAGCACAAGCAGUAGAAAUCUACUGAGGUUUUAACCCAUAUUUAACAAACAUCUCAUCUUCUGCUGUUGGCUGGCAAGAACGAUAAAUAGACUGCAUUUAUAUGGCGCUUUUCUGGUCUUAGUGACCAUUCAAAGUGCUUAGUGUCAACAAGGUGGUAAAUGGGUUGUGUAUAUAGAUAAAUGUGAUAUAUUGCCAAUAGUGAAACCAAUCUGUAAAUAUGUAAAGAAAAAGAAACACAUCUCAUUCUGACUGUUGGGUUGAAAUGAAAUAGGAAAAAUAACACUGGAGCUUGUAGUGAAUAAAUAUUGUUAAUACAUCCUA